AUGGAAGGACAAGAAGAUCCACUGACAAGAGACGCUGUGAAAUCAGGAUUUGAAGUAACUGCCCCGUACGAACCCAUGGGAGACCAACCCGAGGCGAUCCAACAACUAAUGAAGCAACUGGAGGAAGGAGACCGAUUUUCUAUAUUGCGUGGAAUUACAGGAACAGGAAAGACCUUUGUCAUGAGCCACUGUAUCGCAAAAUACGGUCAGCCAACCCUGAUAUUGUGUCACAACAAGACCUUGGCUGCUCAGUUGGCGCGAGAGCUGCGAUCCUUCUUGGGUAACAAUGCUGUGGAACUCUUUGUAUCUUUUUACAAUCAUUACAUUCCAGAAUCCUUCAAUGAAGUGUCAGGACGCUACGUGGCCAAGAAAUCUUCCAUUAAUCAAGAAAUCGAUGCCAUGAGACAUCGUGCCACCCGAGCCUUGCUCAUGCGCCAAGACGUGGUGGUUGUUGCCAGCGUCAGCUGCAUUUAUGGAUUGGGUUUACCGAAAGACUAUAUGGAAGCCAGUACAACUCUACAAGUUGGAGAUAAUAUCGAGGGACGUCCGGAUGAUUUUCUUUCCAAGCUGGAUUCGAUGCUCUACAUUAAUGAACAGUCGGAUGAAGAGUUCGGAAGAGGCACCUAUCAAUAUAGUCUCACAUCCGACGAAUGUGGUAUUCUUUUAUGGCCGCCCCAUGAAGGCUUUCCCAUGAAAAUUCAACUAUCUUUGGAUUCUUCUUCGUUGUCACCAAUCUGGAAAGUGACAUCCAUACAGCAAGGACACGCCAUGGGCCAUUCGGAUAUUGACUCCACUGGUUUGUUUCCGGCAAAGCACCAUGUCAUGUCUGAAGAGCGGUUGGAGGAAGCCUGUUUGGAUAUCGAAGAGGAACUGCGAGAACGUGUACAAGAGCUGACAAAGGAACACAAAUUCGAGGAAGCGAAUCGUCUACAACAACGAGUUGGAAAUGACCUGUUGCUGUUGAGAGAAACUGGAUUCUGUCCGGGGGGAGAGAAUUAUAGCCGACACUUUGGACAACGAGCAACAGGAGAACCACCGAACACACUUAUGGAUUAUCUUGGGAUGAAUGACCGAGAAUGGCUGCUCAUUGUUGAUGAGUCUCACGUCACCUUACCCCAACUUAGGGCCAUGUAUGGAGGAGAUCGCGCCAGAAAAGAAAAGCUGGUGAAACACGGAUAUCGGUUACCGUCUGCAUUGGAUAAUAGACCCUUACAAGAUCACGAGUUUUGGAAAACGAUCCAAAAAGGAGUCUUUGUUUCGGCGACUCCUUCGAAACAAGAAAUGGAGUGGGCAGAACGAAAGCCCGUCGAAAUGCUCAUCCGACCAACUUUUGUCCCUGACCCAGUCAUCGAAGUUCGACCCUCUAAAGGACAGCUCGAGGAUUUGGCAAACGAGAUUAGACAUCGAGCCAAGAGGGCAGAACGAACCUUAGCCGUGACGCUCACCAAAAGAGAUGCCGAAGACUUGUCAGACUAUCUGAAGCAGCAGUCAAUUCCUACUACUUUUAUCCAUUCUGGAUUGAAUAUUCAUGAGCGAGCGGACGCUUUGAAAGCGUUGCAAAAUGGUGAAGUAGAUUGCCUUGUGGGAGUAAAUUUAUUGCGAGAGGGUCUCGAUUUGCCACAGGUUUCUCUCGUCGCCAUUUUGAAUGCUGAUUCUGAGGGUUUCUUGAGGUCGGACACUGCAUUGUUUCAGACGGUGGGAAGAGCGGCUCGAAAUGUGCAGGGACGUGCCAUAUUCUAUGCCAAUCGGGUAACCGAUAGUAUGGGGAGAGUGCUCAAGGAAACAGAAGAGCGAAGACAGAAGCAGCUCUUGUAUAACCGUCUGAAUGAUUGUAGCAUGAAGUCCACUGAGGGGUCUUCUAUGCUUAGCAUUUUUGAUCUUCUCAAGGAGCAAAUUGCAGCGGAGCAGCCGUUGGAAGUCGUAGGUGGUAAGAGGCGAGCAGUAUCAGGCACGAAAGAGAUCAACAGCUUCAAUUUGACGUCUGAUGUGACGGUCCAAGUUCCAGCAGGCAAGGCUCAUGGUUCGAUUAACAUAGACCACGUGCCCAGUUCACCAGGAGUCUACUUUUGGAAAGAUGAAUAUGAUGAAAUUCUAUACAUUGGCAAAGCCAAACGACUACGAACCCGGCUCAAGUCCUAUUUGACACCCAAGUCCAAACAUUCGGCUAGAAUCGAGGUCAUGAUCGCCAAGGCCAAAAGCGUCGACUUCAUCUUAACAAGCUCUGAAAGGGAUGCUUUGCUACUCGAGAGCAACCUGAUCAAGCACCACCAACCUCCCUACAACGUGCUAUUGAAGGAUGACAUAUCAUACCCAUACAUCUGUGCUUCAGUUGGCGAUCAAUAUCCUCGGUUCUUCACGACACCACGCAAGGAAGAUAGGCUUACUUCUAGCAGGUACCGCUAUUUUGGGCCCUAUCCAGACUAUAACGAAUGCAACCAGAUAUUGGAAGCAAUCGAGUCUCAGUAUGAUCUCAGAGCGAAGUCGUUCAUGACCCGACAUGGAGACAUGGAACAUGAUGAGUACCAAGCGCUGUUUGAUGAGGCGAUGAAAGACACAUUCGAAUCGACAUCUUCUUCCAAGUUCAAUCAGCUCCGAUCGGAAUUUGAGGAGGCCGCCCACCUCUUUGAUUCGAAGUACAACGUUUGUCGUGACAUUAUCACCUUUUCCAAAGUACCGGGGCGAGAUGACUCCUUUGGCAUUGUCCAUGUUGUUCAACUUCGACAAGGUCUGGUUUCUGGACAGUUUUCUUACGACUGCCAGAUUCCAUCUGGAAUGUCAAGUGACGAGGAUUAUGCUGCUGCGAUGGCCCAUGUAUUAGAGCGUCAGCAUUAUCCUUCGGGAGAAGAAGCAUUUGACUCCCGCUUGCCAUUUUUUCCAACAGAAAUCCUUGUUCAGUAUGACAUGAGUGGAAUCACUGGUAGAGCAGUGAAACAAGUCAUCCAAGCUGCUCGAAAAAAGGUGAAUGCUUCUGGGGGGAAGAAGGAACCUCUGGCAAUUAGGAGGGCCGCAAAAGGUGGUGCUCGAAAGAAGUCUGACGAGCUGGCUCUGAAGUUGUGCAUAGAAAACGCAGAAAAAGCUGCUCAUGACAAAUCUUUGGAAGCUAUCGAGGGGAGUAUCAAGUCGUCAGUGGAUGGUACGGCACUGGAAGAAUUGCAGAAGUUGUUUGAUCUCGACAAAAAGCCUUCCAGAAUUGAAUGCUACGAUAUAUCGCAUAAUCAUGGUGAACAUUCAGUUGGCUCACGAGUCGUCUUUGUGGAUGGUCAAAAGGAACCAUCACUUUACCGCAAAUUCAAUAUCAAGAGUGUUGACGGUAUCGAUGACUAUGCAAGUCUUCAAGAAGUGAUUUCACGACGAUUCAAGCGUGCGUGGGUAAAUGGAGCUGGAGGGCCAGUGGCCGACAAUGAUCCAUGGGGUCUCCCUGACAUUGUUCUAAUCGAUGGAGGUCCCGGGCAGUUGAACAAGGCGGUAGAAGCUUUGGUUUCUCAACGAAUAUUUCCUGCUGAUGGCUUUUACAAUCGACCGACCAAGGGAACCAAACGCAGUGCAACGGUCGUAGUAUGCUCGUUAGCCAAAGGCAUUAACAGAAACAAGGACGAUCUCUACAUUUAUGGAAGCAAUGAGCCCAUCAAUACUUCCACAGAUUCGCCAGGUCUACUCCUAUUGCGAUCAUUGCGGGACGAGAGCCACCGAUUUGCUCUAAACGCCCAUCGGUCACGAAGAUCCAUCCGCAAGUCGAUUUAA